AUGCCGCAGUCUCUGGCUAUCAGUAAUACUCCAUCGUCAAGUUCAAUCAAGAGGCAAAGGUCUCAAGAGCUCCCUGUGAGUGGGUCCAGACCGCCUUCGUCUGGGCAGACACCCCCAAAUGCUGCGAUCGCCGAAGGCGAUCUCUCGGGCAGAGGAAUGUCCGUCAAGAUACCUCCUUACCUGGAUAAGAAUCGAGCAAAGAUCUCCGCCGCCUUCCAGGAUCUAGAAUGGAAACAGCGCUUUCGCCUGCAACACGCCUUCCAUCAUCCAGAAUCCCCCUUCCGAGUUGAUCGAUCGCAUACCGUCAUCAGCCGAAAUCGGUAUGGAAACGUGCAGCCAUGGGAUUCAGCAAGGGUCAAAUUGAAGAAACCAAUUGGAGGGUCGGACUAUGUCAAUGCUUCGCCCAUCAAACUCACCAGUCAUGGUAGCAAGCCUAAACAACGUAGUGUUGUCGCCCCAACGUCCUCUGCUGACCAGAUUGCGACCGAUUCGGAAAUUGAGUACAGAUAUGUUGCAACUCAAGGUCCAAAGGAAGGCCAGUUUUCUCAUUUCUGGCAUAUGGUCAUGCAAGAGUCUGACGAGGUCGGAGUGGUCAUCAUGCUCACGCAACUGUACGAAGGAAACAAGGAGAAAUGCGCACAAUACUUUCCGGCCGAUAUGGACAACCCUACCAUAGUCCUUCCAGCCCAUGAGGAAGAGAAUGAAGAUGAAGGAGACUUAACGGACGAUGGUGACCCAUUCUUGGACUCCCCUAAAAGUAGCGCCGAUACUGAUAGUUUGGGAACAGAUACUGAGUCCGACACGCCACAUUCCGAACAGGCCGCGACCGAUGGCGUGCAGCGCCAGUGUGGCACAGUCAGUCUGCUGUCUUUGACCUAUGAUGCGAGCACAGGCUGCGAGGUGCGAAUAUUGGAGUUGAAAAUCGAAGACGAAAUCAAGCUCAUCCAUCAUUAUCUCUUCAACCAUUGGCCGGAUUUCGGGAAACCAGAGGCGGAAGAUCGAAGAGCACUCAUCGAACUCACAAAGGUUUCGAAAGCUGUGGCUGGUGACUCCCCUCGCAUCGUUCAUUGUUCGGCUGGAGUAGGCCGGACUGGCACAUGGAUAGCCAUGGACUAUCUCCUGUCGGAGUUGGAAGCGGAAAGACUUGUUGAGGCACCAUCAUAUAUGUCACUGUCAAAGGCAACGUCGUCAACAUCGGUCAAUAGAAGUGGUACCUGGGGAAAGAGUGGGCCUCCAAAACCAAGUACGCCUGAGACGAGGGAGGAGGAUGACCUGAUCUGGGAGACGGUUAAUAGUCUGCGUGAACAGCGGAUGAUGAUGGUCAUGAACGAACUGCAAUUUAGCUUUCUUUAUGAAGUGCUCAGAGACGCCUUCAUGGAUAAGUAUGCCCAGAAGGAGACUGGCCCUGUCGUCAAGGACGUCCAGGAGCCCAGUCCGAAAGUGGCGAGGAAGGAGUCGUCGCAACGUGGGAUGUAUGAGAGCGUCCAAAAUGAAGAAGCCGAAGAAGACGAGGAUGCUAUGGAUGAUGCUGCAUCUAAUUCUGAAGCGGAAACGGAAAUCAUGGAGAAGGACAAGGGUGAACAGGCAGACAGCUCUGGCAAAGCCGCCGAGCCGGAAGUCGAGGACUCCUACGCUGUGGUAGCGCCGGCGGCGAUACGUGAAGGACAAAUGAAGCAAGAGCAGAACGAAGUACGCGAUCACGAAGUGAAAUGAAUGGGGAAGAGACUAGGAGUCGAGCACUUCAAUGUUAACGACAGUGAUAGUGCUGGUGAUUGUUGCAUGACAUCGUGGUGUGUAUGGCAAGGUUGGCGUGGGCAUUGUUUAUGAGCAUUGUGUCAUCUUGAGUUGGAUGGAAUCAAGACCGGCAGCGCAGUGGGAUAUGGGACAUAUUAUGCUGUUAUGCUGUACCGGUGAUGUUCAGAAUGUCAAGCACAUGACAACGGAGAACAUGUCUUAGAUCUCUGG